AUGGCUACGGAGCAAGCAGAACUUGACCAAUUGGCCGAAAAUGAAUUAUUACGACUGCAACAACAAUUGCGAAAAUUAAAUUUAGAAUUAAAAAGCUUAUUGGAAGAUAAGAAAACACUACUUAUUAAACAGGAAAAGCUAAUAAAACUGCUGCAAAAAGAACAUGAAAAUAUCAAAACUGAAAUUCAUUUCAUUGAAGAUGGUGUUCAUUCAAAAAAAGAAAAUCAAGAAGAAAUGCGCUUAUUGAAAAUUUAUGAUGUUUUAGCGGAAGAACAAAAAAAAUUGAAAAAUGAAAAAUUUUCCAUAAAAGAAUUAAAUGGGCAUAUUAGAAAGCUUGAAAAGGAAAUUGAAUCUUUACGAAAGAAUGAAGUUACGGACAGUAUUUAUAAGGAAACAAUUAAAAAAGUUAAAAAAAAUGUUGUUAAACUUGAAAAUCGUUUGGAUGUUGUAAAUAAAAAAAGCAGUGAUGUAUUAACAGAAAUAUUUAAAUUAAGAGAAUCAAUCAAUCAUAUUUUACAAGAUCGUUCUCACUUUAAUGUAAUGUGGCAGUCAAUGGUUACACAAUUUAAUCAAGGUAAAAAAUAUAUAAUGGAACUAGUUGAUCAAUCAACUUUAGCUUUUGACCAAAGAGAAGAGCUUUGCACAAAAUUACAAGCAUUGAAGGAUCGAAAUGAAACUGAUAAAAUGCUUCACAUACAAGAAAUGCGUGAAGUUCAACGAAAAUUAGAACACGAUGACAAACUCCAACAAUUUUAUAAUAUUAAAGGCCAAAAACGAAUAAAUUCUGAUUUAGAAGAACGUGAAAUUCAAAAGAAAAUUCAGUUAAGAGAGGAAUUCGAAAAACAAUUAGAAAAUUAUAAUGAAUUAAUAUCUUGUAUAAAGGAAACAUGUAAAGAAGAUAAUCUUGAUAAAGUAGCCUCACAAUUUACUACACAAGAAGAAGAAAAUUUUGCACUCUUUAAUUAUGUUAACGAAUUAAGUUAUGAAGUAGAAACUUUGAAUGAGACUGUUAUGACUUUGAAUGAAGACAUAGAAAAACAAAAGGCUGAAAGUAUUGAAAUUGCUCAAAAGAAAAAAACUGAAGCUGUAGAUUAUUUAACUAAUAUGAAAAAUUCGUUUCAAAAAGAUUAUGAAGAAUCUACUAACAGAAGACAAACUAUUGAUAAUGAACUUAAUUUAUUAUUGGAGGGAAUUGAAGAUUUAUUUAAGUUAAUUCAAUGUGAAGAUAUCCCGAUAUUAAAUGUUUUAAGUGCUAAACAUUUUAUAUCCGUUCACAAUGCAAAAUUAUUUCUUGGGAUUAUUGAUCGUCGAAUUAAUGGUCUUAUAAGUAAUAUUAACACUGAAGAUAUAUCAACGAAAAUAUUAUCUAAAAAGGAUCGUAUUCCUAAAUUCAAUAUUAAAGAUUCAGUAAAAGGCAAAUCUUAG